UGCUUUUAUUUUGAAGGAGGCUGCUGGCUGCAGAGUGUUUUUGAGGCUUCAGGACAAAGAUUCCAGAACAUUUUAACACCGCGGACACCAACUCUCAGACGAUGCCGUGACGUGGUGGCGCUCGCUGAUGGAGGACCUGUGGAGCGCCGCCGUGGCCGUGUUCCAGGUGUGGAUGUUUGUGGUGCUGUUCCUCAUCAUGCUGCCCGCCAUGUUCGGUCUCUCUCUGGGGGUCACCGGGGUCUACAUCCAGAUCCUGGUCCAGAUCCUGGAGUGGGCCACGAUCCGGAUCCAGAGAGGACGGCAGCAGCAGCCCAGUGUUCCUGUUCCUCUGCCCAGCGGGAUCAUUGAGCGAGCGGGCGGCUCCAUGGAGGAGGAGAUGAGGAGUUGUGGCUCGCUGGCGGAGGGCGAGUUUUCUCUGAGCGACGUCUUCUAUUUCUACAAGAAGGGUCUGGAGAGCAUCGUGGACGACCAGGUGACCCAGCGCUUCUCCUCCGAGGAGCUGGCCUCCUGGAACCUCCUCACCAGAACCAACCAGAACUUCCGUUACAUCAGCCUCCGCCUCACCGUCUUCUGGGGGGUCGGCGUCUUCGUACGCUACGGCGUCCUCUUCCCUCUCAGAAUCACUCUGGCCAUCAUCGGACUCUCCUGGCUGGUGAUCGGAACCAGUCUGGUUGGAUUUAUGCCUGAGAGCAGUGUGAAGAACUGGCUGAGUGAGCUGGUCCAUCUGACCUGCUACAGGAUCUGUGCCAGAGGACUGUCGGCUACCGUCCUCUACCACAACAGAGAGAACCGACCUCAGAAAGGAGGAAUCUGCGUCGCCAACCACACCACGCCCAUCGAUGUGGUGAUUCUGGCCAACGACGGCUGCUACGCCAUGGUGGGUCAGAUCCACGGCGGUCUGAUGGGGGUCAUGCAGAGGUCCAUGGUGAGGUCCUGUCCUCACGUCUGGUUCGAGAGGUCAGAGAUGAAAGACCGCAACGCUGUGACCAACAGGCUGAGAGCUCACGUCGCCGCCAGGACCAAACUCCCCAUCCUCAUAUUCCCUGAAGGAACCUGCGUCAACAACACGUCAGUCAUGAUGUUUAAGAAGGGAAGCUUUGAGAUCGGAGGGACCAUCUACCCCGUCACAAUAAAGUACGAUGCUCGCUUCGGCGACGCCUUCUGGAACAGCGGUAAAUACAACAUGGUGAGUUACCUGCUGAGGAUGAUGACCAGCUGGGCCAUCGUGGUCAACGUGUGGUACCUCCCUCCCAUGACCAUCCAGGACGGUGAGGAUGCAGCUCAGUUUGCCAACAGAGUGAAAUCUGCCAUCGCUCAUCAGGGAGGACUGCUGGAUCUGGACUGGGACGGAGGACUGAAGAGAGGGAAGGUCAAGGAGUCCUUUAAAGAGGAGCAGCAGAAGAAGUACAGCAGCAUCAUCGCUGGUCAGAACGGCGUCAAGGAGCAGAGUGACUGAACCGCCAACAUCACGGGUACAGGAUGCUGGUUGUUCUGUAUCCAGGACGCUGGUUGUUCUGUAUCCAGGAAGCUGGUUGUUCUCUUCAGUCUUAUAAUAAGCAGAAGAGUUGGAGCCUCAGAUCUCAGAUCUCAGGUCUCAGAUCUCAGAUCUCAGAUCUCAGAUCUCAGAUCUCAGAUCUCAGGUCAGCUCUCUGUGUCUGAGUGUAGGAGAGUGUUUCCACCAGCAGGAGGCGCUACAUGACAACAGUUCAUCACUUCAACACAGUGAUGAUGAGACCAGCUCUCUCUAUUAUUAUUAUUAUUAUUAUUAUCAUUAGUGAGGUCACAUGUUUCUAUCUGGGAGCUGAAAACAAAUGUUAUUGUAAAAAUGUAUUUUAUUGUUUGUUUCUAUUUGCUUCUGAUGUUUCUUUCUUGAGGUGAGAUCAUCUCUCCUGAACAACCGGCUUCUGUUCUCUUCUUCUGGUGUUUCUGCCGACUCCUUUUAUUCUGCAAAUAAAGAAAUAAAAUCUACAUACACUCUGA